CAGAUAUACGAGGGCAGUGGCACAUUCACUCAUCUGUACGUAUUCAGCCUCCGUUGACGAAAGCGUCACCAGUGGCUGAGUCUUCGCACUCCAAUACACAGGUCCACCACACACAAACACCACAUGACCACCACUAGACUUGCGACCCACACAAUCAGCCCAAGACGAGUCAGAGAAGGCAGUCAGAUCAAUCCGACCUUCCUUGCCUGGCUCAGCCUUGAACUCGAUCCCCUUGUCUUUUGUCCCACUCAGAUAGCGAAGAACCCUCUUUGUUGCCUGCCAAUGCCCAAAACCGGGCUCAUGAGCAUAUCGUGCAAGCUCCUUGACCACAUAGGCGAUGUCCGGGAAGCACGUGACCGAGCAGAACAUCAAUGCGCUAACGAGUUGCCGAUAGGGAACCUUCUUCAUUUUCGUCUUCUCUUCGUCCGUCUUCGGUGACAUCUCAGAGGUCAGUUGGAUACCGGACGCACAAGGGAAAUCCACUGGGUUCGCAUUCUCCAUGCUGAAUCUCUUGAGCAUCUUGUCGAUGUACUGUGGCUGUGUGAUCUGCAGGGUCCUUUCUUGACGAUCGCGGAUGAUCUUGAGGCCGAGAAAGAUGUCAACCCUGCCCAGGUCCUUCGUCGCAAACACGCUCGACAGCUGCUGCUUGAACCACGUGACCCUCUCUUGUUCGCUGACGAUGAGAAUAUUGUCGACGAACACCACAAGAAGGAUGUUGUUGUCCUUAUGCAGGUACACACAGGGCUCCUGAGGGUCCCGAACGAACCCUCUGUCGAGUAGCUGGUUGUGAAGAGUGAUGUUCCAUGCGCGCGGGGCUUCCUUGAGGCCAUACAAUGCCUUCCGUAGACGAACAACAUGGCCGGGCUUCUCAUAUCCAGGUGGGCACCGCAUAAAGACAGGCUUGUCCAGCGGGGCGUUAAGAAAUGCUGUGUUGAUGUUUAUCUGAUGUAUCUCCAGGUUGAGUUGAUUCGCCAGGGCAAACCCUGAUCGAACAAUGUGGUAGGAGGGCGUAGGGGAAAACACGUCAUCCACUUGGUUGCCAUCUUGUUCGAAUCCUCUUGCGACGAUGCGAGCCUUGCCUUGUACUUGUCAGGCUUGAGGGCAAAUACCCAUCUGCAUGAGAUGAUC